GCGGUGGGGCUACGGCGCCUCGCAGCCACGGCGAAUCGAGCGGCUUUGACUAUAUAUGGUCAAAGCGACGAGGGAGCCGCCGGAGCGCUUGUUUCCGGGAUUUUUUUUCUCUCUGGUGUGCACUCGCCUCCACUCUGUGAACCUGCAGGGAGAGAAGGCCGGGUCGGGCCGGGCGGCGAGGCGAGGCGAGGCGAGGGGCUGCGUGGACCGGCCGUUGCUGGGUGAUCGAGUGCGUCAGCGGCGGCUCGCGCUGCUCAUUCCUUCCGCUGUGUUCCGGGCCGGCGCGCGGCUGAUCUGGGCGCGAUGCCUUACCAGUCGAGCAAAGUGUUUGCAUGCCUCCCUCAAGUGGAAAGAGGUGUCUCAAAAGUCAUUGGAGGUGAUCCUAAAGGAAUCAACUUUCUUUACACCAAUAACAAAAGUGUCAUCAUAAGGAACAUCGAUAAUCCAGGAAUUGCAGAUAUAUACACUGAGCAUGCUCGUCAAGUUCAGGUUGCCCAGUAUGCACCCAGUGGAUUUUACAUUGCUUCAGGAGAUGUUUCUGGAAAAGUUCGCAUUUGGGAUACUACCCAGAAGGAACAUGCACUCAAAAACGAAUACCAGCCCUUUGUUGGCACAAUCAAAGAUAUUUGUUGGUCUGCAGAUAGUCAAAAGGUUGCAAUUGCUGGAGAAGGCAAGGAGAUGCAUGCAGCAGUCAUUCAGUGGGACACAGGAACUUCUGUUGGGACUGUGGCAGGCCACAGCAAAAUCAUAAACAGUGUAUCUUUUAAGCCAAGUCGCCCAUACAGAGUUGUGACUGGUAGUGAUGAUCAUUGCUGUGUGUUCUAUGAAGCAUUUCCUGUGAAGUUCAAGUUUACACUCACUGGCCACACAAGAUUUGUUAAUUGUGUGAGAUACUCUCCUAAAGGGACCCUGUUUGCUUCGGCUAGUGCGGAUGGGCAGAUUUUACUCUAUGAUGGGAAGGAAGGAACUCAGAUAAGUGCUCUUGGACAAGAUAAGGCCCACAGUGGAGGUGUAUAUGCGAUUAGUUGGAGUGACGAUGGAAGCCAUCUCCUUUCUGCUUCUGGUGAUAAGACCGUUAAACUAUGGGAUGUUGAAACCAAAACUGCAGUGACAACAUUUAACAUGGGAUCUGAUGUACUGGACCAACAAUUGGGCUGCUUGUGGCACCCAAAAUAUCUGCUGAGCAUUUCACUUUCUGGAUACAUUAACUACCUGGAUAAAGCAAAUCCCAACAAGCCUCUCCGGGUUAUCAAGGGGCAUUCCAAGUCAAUUCAGUCCUUGGCUGUUCACACUGAUGAUGGAAAACAAUCUAUUUACUCGGGCAGCCACGAUGGUCAUAUAAAUUACUGGGAUGCUCCAUCUGGAGAGAAUGAUGGUCUUUCAGGGAAAGGACAUACCAAUAUGGUGUCAUCUAUGGUGAUCAGUGAUGCAGAUGAACUUGUUAGUUGUGGUAUGGAUGAUACUGUGCGCUACACCAAUUUGAUCAAGAAAGAGUACAAUGCUCAAGACACAGUAAAGCUGGAUACCCAACCCAAGAAUUUAGCAGUUGGUCCUGAUGGCUAUACAGUGGUCAUUUGCAUUAACCAGAUUGUACUUCUGAAGGACAAGAAGAAAGUUUUUGCUGUUGAACAUCCUGAAUAUGAACCAGAAAAUGUAUCAAUUCAUCCUGGAGGAGUAACUGUGGCUGUGGGAGGAAACGAUGGCAAUGUGUACCUAUAUUCUAUUCAAGGAAACACACUGCAGAAAAACGAUUGUGUUUUGGAUGUGGGUAACACACCCGUGACUGCUGUAUCUUAUUCACCUGAUGGUGCCAACCUUGCUGUCUGUUGUACAAAUAAAGUAGCAACAUACACGGUUGCAGAUGGAUACAAGGGAACAAGUGAAUACUAUGGACACUAUGCUAAAGUUCUCUGCGUGGGAUGGUCUCCGGACAAUGAGCACUUUGCAACUGGUGGAAUGGAUGGAUUGGUCUUUGUUUGGAGUGUGUCUGCUCCAAAUAAAAGAAUAAAAAUCCCAGAUACUCAUCGAUUAUAUCAUGUCGGCUGUGUUGCUUGGUUGGAUGAACAUACUCUGGUGACAACAUCCCAUGAUGCUUGUGUAAAGCAGUGGACCAUCAUCUACAACUGAACAAGUUGUAUUUGGGGAGGGUGCCUAGAAUUUCAGGGACUAGGGCUGCUGCUGUAGAAACUUAGUAUUGAGCAGAAUAUUUCUUUAUUGCCCAGUGGGCCCCAUAUCACAAUCCUAGUUCUGAUGUACUGUGUUUGGAAAGCUUUAGCAGAAAAAAAAAUUUGCACGUGAAAAGCACUUGUUAACCUAAUCUCUGGAGCUUAAUCUUAUACGUUCAACAUUCCAGAGGCAACAGCCUUAUUUCUAUUCAUAUGACCCCUAUAUACAGCUUUUUCUUUUUGUUGAAGACCACAUCUAUGACGUUGUAUUGAAUUAAAUCGAGAGACUCGGAGUACAACUAAAGAAUAUUUCUGUAUAGUGGCAAGAUAAUUCUUAAUGUGUGAUUGGAAUUGAUGCAAGUGCAGCUACUGUAUAUUGUACAUGUUAUUUCUUUUGCUUUGAAAUCUGUACUGCACAUUUGUUGCCUCAGAUGUUCUCCAGAUGAUCAGAAAAAUACCUAAUAAAGUUUUUAAUGCUUUAAGAAUUCAGCAAUGGUUAAUUUAUAAUUGAAGUGCUUGAUCCAUUAGAUGCAAUCUAUAUUCAUUAAACCAGCUGAGAUGUUGAUGAUAUUGUCUAAGUGCUGAAUAGCAACAAUGUCACAAUUGUAUAUCGUACGUUGAGGAAAUUUUCCAGAUUUCAUAAAUUGGAUUAUGCAAUGAGAAACAAAGCAGGUAGUUUUAGUCUUUUAACUACCUUUUGAAAAAUAGCCAUUCAUAAUGUAAUAUGUACACUAAAGAGACAGCAAAAUGUCUGAUUCAAUCCACUUGCAGAUUGUGAACAAUCGAGGAGUUUACAACAUCUGUAUGUGGGCAUCUAUGGCAAUAGAGAAAUGUUAGAGUGACUAGCCAAUUGAAUCUUGCAUAAUGACAAAUGAUUAGUGGGUUCACUAUAUUUAGCACUUGUAGCACAUUAUAGCUUUAUAUAUCCAAAUUUCUUCCAAGUUUUCAAACCAGGACUAUUUUUCCUGAAACUUCUUUGUGGGCUAGUUUCCAUCAAUGAAAAAAUGCUUAAGUUGAUUAGAAAUUCAAACCCAAUAAUGGUUAACAUUUGUAUUAGAUUCAGAGAGCAGAACUGUGAUAGCUACUGCAAAUGGCCUUGAUUUGCAUAUGUGGCAGGGGGAAAUGUGUGAAUAAGAAUUAAGUAGUCAGCCAUUCAAUUAGAUCAUAACUGAUCUAUAUGUCUGCUUCAUUUAAUUGCCUUUAUUGCAUAUCCUUUGUCCUUGCCUAACAAAAUUGACCUCUGUCUUAAAGUUCAGUUGGCCCAGCACCCACAUUUUAUUAGUGGUAGAUGUGUAGGAGAAAAUCUUUUGAGAUUUCUACUUCCCUUUGUGUGGGUCAUAAGAGCUUUAUGAUUUUUUUUUUUUGCUUAUGACUUUUGCUGGAUUUGCCUAGCAGAGAACAGGAUUCUCCACCCUAUCUAUUUCUUUUCAUUACCAACUUAAUUUAAAAUCAGAUCACUCCUUAAUCUCUUCAGUGUGUGUGUAUGUGUGUGUGUAUAUAUAUAUAUAUAUAUAUAUAUAUGCUAUCUAUCCUAGCUCAUGCUUCUAUUGAGUGUGCACUAUACCAUCUCCAGAAACCCCUUCCUAAAUGUUGUUGAGAUUCAAAUAUUCCAGAUGGCAAAGUUUCUAUUAAAUUGAAACUAUUCCUUUUUUGUAUUCCAGCCCCGUUGAGAAUGAAGAGCAACAUUCUAUUCUUUUGCUUUCUGCACCUGCUCAAUGGUGAUUAACAUUGUGUAUGUGGAUAGCAAAAUCUUGUUGGUCUUCCAUUAUUCCUGAAUACUUGCCAUUUGGAAAAUAAUUCUAUGAUUCUAAAGUUUGUGAUUGAAUGUCAUUGCACAGUUUUUGCUCACUUGCUUAAUUUGUCCCUUUUAUAAAUUCCUGCUCCUGUUUACCUUAGGCCCUCUUGGUAUCCUCUGCAAACAUGGAUAUAAUUUUUUUUAAUCAUCACGAAGUACAGAAAAUAAUCCAAGUACACAUUUCUGGGGGACAGUUGACAAUUUAUUUGAACCCACCAAUCAACACGUACCUUAUCCUUGUUCUGUGUUCUGGCUCAUGUUGCAAGAUUCAAUACUUCUGAGUGAAAUCUAGCUAAUUCAUGUAAAAAUAGUGAAGAUUAAAGAUUGAGACAAUGAUCAUCUAUAGAGUUCUUGUGGAAAGUAAUCUCAUUGAUCCAAGGUGAAGUUUAUUAUCUGCACACCCUUAUUUCAAUGCAGAGGGAAUAGCAAAGACCAGUUUGAGAACUGCUUAUUUGUCAAAAUUAUCAGAUACUUCAGACUGCUACAGCACCAACUAGCUGCAAAUUGUCCAGGAAUUAAUUGAGUGAUGUUCAUCUCAUUACUAUUAAUAUUGUAUCAGCAUAUGUUUGAAUUUUAAUAAAAGAAUAAUUGAGUA